AAGAAAGGUACGUUAAAACUGUUCGGUUAGUUCAGUCGAAAAGGGUUAGCUAUAACUGAAGGGUAAAUUGUUAAUUUUUGUUCUUAAAGACUCUGUCAGUGCACACUUAUUCUUUAGGUCCUUCGCUUUCGUUAGUUUGUCCUUUUGUUAUGUAGCGGACUGCAGAGUCCGCGGGCUCUCACUCUGUGAGAAUGAGGCAUGGAAGACAAUGAUGAAGAUGAGAGCUGCAGUAUAUACCCUAAGCUGGUUCCACUCGGUAAUGGGAUCAGAGCCAAGAUGCAGCAGUUUAUGGAGGAAAGGACGGAGGCCAAUAUGUGGACGGCGGUGCUGAUUGGAGCUGUGACAGUUGUUUCUGUCGUUGGAGUUGUUGUGUUAUUUCUUUACAGAAGAUACAAACUGUCAAAAGAGGAGGCCGGCGUUCCACACUAUCGCUUCAGGAAGAGAGACAAGGUGAUGUUCUACGGCCGAAAGAUCAUGAGAAAGGUCCAGACAUUGUCCUCGGCCCCUACCUCUAAUUCAAACUCGGCUUCCAGACAGAGAAUGAGGAAGAGGACCAAAGUCCUGUCUAUAGCUCGCAAGAUCCUGCGCAUUCGGAAGGAGCCCCCCACCCUGCAGCCCAAGGAGCCUCCUCCCUGUCUGCUGGAGGCUGACCUGACUGAGUUUGAUGUGCAGAACUCCCAUCUGCCCUCUGAAGUGUUGUACAUGCUGAAAAAUGUCAGGGUGCUCGGUCACUUCGAGAAGCCUCUGUUCUUGGAGCUGUGUCGUCACAUGGUGCUGAUCCCGCUGCAUCAGGGAGAGGGGCUCUUCCGACCGGGUGACACUGAUGACAGUAUUUAUGUGGUUCAAGAUGGCCGCCUGGAGCUGUGCAUUCAUGAGAAUGAUGGUACAGACGCUGUGGUGAAGGAAGUUUUACCAGGAGACAGUGUUCACAGUUUGCUCAGUAUCAUGGACAUCAUCACUGGCUAUCCAGCACCUUACAAAACAGUGUCUGCAAGAGCUGCAGUUCCCUCCACUAUCCUGCGGCUUCCAGCUGCAGCCUUCCAGUCAGUCUUUGAGAAAUAUCCUGAAACUCUGGUCCGUGUCAUCCAGAUAAUCAUGGUGCGUCUCCAGAGAGUGACCUUCCUUGCCUUACAUAACUACCUCGGCCUGACCACUGAGCUCUUCAACCCGGAGAGCCAGGCCAUCUCUUUGGUGUCUGUGGCCAAUGUUCUUGGUGAGGGACAUCCACACAGAGGCCUCCGCAGGCAGCCUUCCCAUUCUGAUGAUCAGGGAUCUGAAAAAAGUGACACAGAAAAGUCCAGCUUCUCUGACAUGCCCACAUCGAAAUACAGGAAAUCUCGCUCUCUGUCCACCCCCCUGGCCGUUACAGGUGACAUGUCAGCGGACCUCGAAAGGGCAUAUGAACGGGCUGGAGUUGCCAAAGAGCACACUUUGUCCCAAAGUCCUGUCAAGUCUAUUCUAAAGAAGAGUGUGACAAUGCAGCACACUCCAUCUGCUGUUUACCACUAUACUGAUGCUGGAGGGAAUGUCCAGCAUAAUAAAGUGAACGCCAUUUUCCAAGCUGCCAAAAAGGAUUUGCUACAGGUCAUCCAAAUCGAGGACCCCAAUCUGCUGGAGGGGAGGGUAACUCUUCGGCAAGUCAAAGCUGGUUCUGUUGUGGCCCAUCAAGGAGACCAGGAUGUGAGCGUGGCAUUUGUCAUCUCUGGGUCGCUCCAUGUUUACCAGCGUAUGAUAGACCGUGAGGAGGAGAGUCUGCUGUUUGUCACCCACCCAGGGGAGAUGGUGGGUCACCUGGCCGUUCUCACGGGGGAACCCCUCAUCUUCACUGUCCGAGCUCACAGAGACUGCACAUUCCUCUCCAUAUCCAAGGCACACUUCUACGAGAUGAUGCGUGAGGAGCCCAGGGUUGUGUUGAACGUAGCUCACACUGUGGUGAAAAGAGUGUCACCAUUUGUCAGACAGAUUGACUUUGCCCUGGACUGGAUGGCUGUGGAGGCUGGCCGUGCUGUCUACAGACAGGGAGACAAGUCGGAUAGCACCUUCAUCGUCCUCAGUGGCCGACUGCGCUCUGUUAUUGCAAAGGAUGAUGGGAAGAAGGAGCUGGCUGGAGAGUACGGCAGAGGGGAUCUAAUUGGUGUGGUUGAGGCCUUGACCCACAUGAACCGAGCCACCACGGUCCACGCUGUCAGGGACUCCGAGCUUGCAAAGCUACCUGAAGGGGCUCUGAACUCCAUUAAGAGGAGGUACCCUCAGGUUGUUACCAGACUGAUUCAUCUGCUGGGACAGAAGAUCCUGGGCAACAUGCAGCAGGUCAAUGGACCUCUGGCUGCUCGCAGUCUGGCUCUCCACACCCCAACCAGCAAGUGGGAUGCUGGGAAUCCAGCGUCCAACCUGUCUACUGUGUCCAUCCUUCCUGUGUCUGAGGAGGUUCCCCUCACUGCCUUUACUCUGGAGCUGCAGCAUGCACUCACUGGCAUCGGCCCCACUCUACUCCUGACCAGUGACAGCAUCAAACAGCGUCUUGGCUCUGCAGCUCUGGACAGUGUCCAUGAGUACCGUCUGUCGAGUUGGCUCGGGCAGCAGGAAGACAUCCAUCGCAUAGUCCUCUACCAGUCAGACUCUGGCCUCACGCCUUGGACCCAGCGAUGCAUCCGCCAGGCUGACUGCAUCAUCAUUGUGGGACUGGGUGAGCAGGAGCCCACUGUGGGUGAGUUGGAGCGUAUGCUGGAGGGCAGUUCAGUCCGUGCUCAGAAGCAGCUGGUGUUGCUGCACAAGGAGGAUGGGCCUCCACCCAGAGGGACCGCUGAGUGGCUCAACAUGCGGAGCUGGAUCUCCAGACACCAUCACCUGUCCUGCCCCCGCAGAGUGUUCUCACGGAGGAGUUUGCCUAAGCUGAGAGAGUUGUACCAGCGUGUGUUCGAAAAGUGUCCUGACCGUCAUUCCGACUUCUCUCGACUGGCCAGGAUCCUGACAGGAAACAGCAUCGCCCUUGUGCUGGGUGGAGGGGGAGCCAGGGGUUGCUCUCAGGUGGGUAUCCUGCGGGCUCUGAACGAGGCGGGGAUCCCCGUGGACAUGGUGGGCGGCACCUCCAUUGGCUCCCUAAUGGGAGCGCUGUACGCUGAGGAGAAGAGCAACAGUCGCGUGAGGGUCCGGGCUCGUGAGUGGGCCAUGGAUAUGACCUCUUACUUUAAGAAGAUCUUGGAUCUGACCUACCCUAUUACCUCCAUGUUUUCCGGGGCUUCCUUUAACUCCGGCAUUAGCUCCGUCUUCAAGGACAAACAGAUUGAGGACCUGUGGCUGCCGUACUUCAACAUUACAACGGAUAUCACAGCUUCCUCCAUGAGGAUCCAUACUGACGGUUCGUUGUGGCGGUAUGUCCGGGCCAGUAUGUCACUGUCUGGUUACCUGCCACCUCUGUGUGAUCCCAAAGACGGACACCUACUCAUGGAUGGAGGGUAUAUCAACAACUUACCUGCCGAUGUGGCUCGUUCUAUGGGGGCCAAGGUUGUGAUUGCAAUCGAUGUUGGAAGUCGGGAUGAAACCAACCUAACCAACUAUGGUGACUCCCUGAAUGGCUGGUGGCUGCUGUGGAAACGCUUCAACCCUCUGGCUGAGAAAGUCAAGGUCCUGAACAUGGCAGAGAUCCAAACCCGGCUUGCUUACGUGUGCUGUGUGCGGCAGUUGGAACUGGUCAAAGACAGUGAAUACUGCGAGUACAUUCGGCCGCCCAUCGACCACUAUGGCACACUAGAGUUUGGCAAGUUUGACGAGAUCGCUGAGGUGGGAUACCAGCAUGGAAAGACAUUGUUUGAUGUGUGGCAGCGCAGUGGUGUGGUGGACAGCAUGCUUAAGGACAGACAUCAGGAAGAAUUCCACAAGACCAAAACUACCCAUGUGGUCACCUGUCCCAAUGCCUCCUUCACGGACCUGGCAGAGAUAGUGUCGAGAAUCGAACCUGUCAAGAAUGCCUUAAUCGAUGAGGAACUGUCUGAUGAAUACCAGACAGACUAUGAUGAGGAGGCGGUGGAAAGUGCUCUGUCCGACUUUGAGGCGUUCACCGCUGGUAGUGAACACACUGAAGGAGAGGAGACAGCAGACACUGCUGAAACAGAUGAGGAAAUUCAAGUCCGAGUUCGGCGCCGGCCGAAGAAUGUCCCACAGAGUUCCAGACCAUAACAUCCAUCAAGUCCAUGACUGCUGGUCAAGGCUGUUGACCAUGGUCCAAAACGCACACAACAUAGUAUUUCUGCUAACCUUUGAGAGUUUGCAUUAGCUUAUGCUCUUAUCCGGUAAGCAGCCUACUCUGUCUUUCUCAAAGACGCCUGGCAGGACACAAAACUAUUGAUGUGACGACAGUGACUGAAGCAGAGGCAGGUAGUUUUAAUCAAGGAAAGUGCCCCACUGUGUCGCAUUGUUUCCUGCAGUUUGUACAUUUCAAUGGUUAAAACAGUUCAGUAACAACGAUAGUUCCUGAUCGUCAUGAAAUUAUUAAAACGUCAUGCAUCAAGAUGCAAAUUACAAACAGAGAAAAUAUCUGACUUCUAUCUAUUCUCUCUCUGAAGUCAGGGAACAGUGAAGAACUUGACAAAUCAGUUAAUUUCCAGAAUUGCAGCAGUUUUUGUUCCACAAAUCCUUUGUCAUGGUUAUGGAAUCGUCCAGCCAUGACAGCCUUGAACAACUAAUAUCUUCAUACAAGCAUCAUGCCGUGCAACUGCACUGCAAUCUUUCAACCUUUACUUUUAAUAUGUUAUACGCCGUGCCACUUUUUGGGACAAUUCUAAGCAUACCUGGAUCCUAUCGUAAUAAGCUCAGACCCAUAAAGCACUAUAAUGCAAUUCAUAAUGUUUACAUAAAAGUUACAAAAGGAAAUAUAUGUUUUGUGUGCCAAGAAGAAACAUUCUGUCCAAUGAUGAAGGGAUUUCUCUUACAAAGCAGGGAUAUCUACACACCAUUGGUGUGAUAAGUAUAAUGUGAACUAUGAUUAUAAUAAGCUUUUUCAUAGGUGCAAAAUAACUUGCUUCAGAUAUAUAUCAUGAAAGUAUUACUUACGUGGAGCCUUACUAUCUAGAAAGCAUAAAAGAGUCUCUAUUUUAAAUGGCACUGCAAAGACUAAUGCAAGCAGCAGCACUAUAUUAUUAACAAGUUAACCUGUGCCUGUCCCACACCACGCACAGCUAAAAGUAGAUUAGAUGGAUGACAGUAGAUAGGAUCUAUUUUCUGUAUGUCAGGCAUUUAAGCUGUGUCCCAGUUUUAUAUAUAGUUCAUACUACAUACUAUAACCAGGUUUGUAAAAAAAACUUAGUAUUCAUUAUGAAAAAUGCUUUGAGUACUUGAAUAUACACUAUUGUCCCAUGAUGAAAUGCACAAAGAACUUAGAGAAGUUAAAGUGAUUAUGAAUGGCAGUGUUCAAAGUAUUACAAAUUAAAAGUGCAUACUCUUUAGGAAACAUUUGCUGUGGCGUUCCAAAUCGGCAGGUUAAUGUAUAUCAUCAUAACCUCAGCAACUCAACGCCAUAUAUGUGGAUUUUGUUGUAGGCUAACUUAAAAAAAAAGAGUUUACAAAGACAUUUAUUAAUUGCUGCAUAUUCUGUGUGUGUGUGUGUGUGUGUGUGUGUGUGUGUGUGUGUGUGUGUGUGUGUGUGUGUGUGUGUGUGAGUAGAUAGUAUCUAAGCAGGACACAGUUAAUGGCAGGAAAUGCACAGCUGUAACCAAAUAAAUUGACAGUGUGUCUAGCAGAGCCCUGGAACUAGCAUAGCUAAGUGGGAUGCAGACACUAUUAAUGUUAUUUAUUACACCUGUGCUUUUUCUGUCAUGACAUGUCAGAAUAUGUGCUGUGAGACUUCUGCACACAUGACCAACCAGUUUGUGCUGGUCUUUGUGACUGCACCAUUAAAAUAGAGCAUUACCUGGAGUAUUGGACUCACCUGAUAUUACUAAACAGUGCAUCAUGUAUCUGUACUCACACAGUGAGACAGUAGCAGAUAACUGUUUGAGAAACAGACUUUAUGACAAACUGUCUGUCAUUAGUCAUAUUUGCAUUGCCUUGUGCCUGGACUUAAUGUUAUACUGUAUGAUUCAUAGAAGGUGAUCACUACUGUAAGUGUAGAUCACCUUCAUGACUCAGACCCAGAACUACCUAACACCAUGAAAACUGGAUCCUGCCAAUUAAAGCAACAUGACACUUUUAUUCCACCAUUUGUCAUUUUUAGUCACAUGGUUUCAGAGCUCCUGUGGUAUUGUUUUCACUUUUUAUGACUAGAAGGCAAAAAUGGAAAAGUGUAAUGAGUAUGAGUAUUUCACAGUCUGAAUAAUGCUAUGUUUAUGUUAAUGAUUUUGUGUGAAUAGGGAGUACUAUGUGUAGUAUUUACUGUAUGAAUAUGAGAAGAUGUUGCCUUUCAGUUUGUUACUUAUUUGUUCAAGAGUGACAAUAAUGUAGAAUACUUUAAAAUAUUUAAUUAUUCAUUUUUAGUUAAAAAUAUGUUGACUGGUUGUAACAUACUUAAUAGAAAUGAAAAGCCCAAAUUAUGGAAACACUAAAUGGAAAAGUGAUGAUGAUGAAACGGUUUGCUGCCCUGAUAAAAUAAAAUUGUCUCUGAAUGUCAA